AUGUCGAACUCGGUCCAUGGAUCUCCAUCAACAGAUACCCCCGAAUCAGCCGCUGAGUGGGCACGCCUCUUGGAAGGCGUAUCAGGAGGUUCAAAGCGGUUAGUCGGUGGUGAUUCGUCUGUUGUGAUGGAGCGUGUGGCGGAAGCCCAUGCUAAGAUACGGCAGACUCUGCGGGUAGCUGGUCUACUACGGGAGCUGCAGGCCUCCUUUGAGGAGCGACAGAAGGCGUUGAUCAACCGUCUGUCGGUACUUGAGGAGGAGGUGGGUGAGACGGUACUUCUCACCAUGCGGUUGACGAAGCGACAACAGGCGGUCAUGGCCCGCCAAGCGGCCUUGGAGUCGAAGAUGGCUCAUGUGAUAGAUCUUCUGAAGCGGCGGCGGGAGGAUAGUCAGCUGAAGGACCUACAGCGGAAGGAGCUGUGGCAUGCUAAUUGUCGGCUGAUUGACCUAACUAGAGGACAGCUCACACAACAGAAGAAGCUUGACUCGUCCUCUCCCACUGAUCAGGAUCUUGAGAUUGCCAAAUGCUCUACCCUAGUGAAUGAAAAAGAGAUUGUCGCGCUACGUACGAAGGUCGAAGAGCUACAGAAGUCAUUGAGUGCCUAUACGGAGGCUAUUACUCGGCAGUCCAACAUCCCAGCACAUUAG